CAAACUGUAUAAUAAAAUAUAUAAUAAAAAUGUCGAAUUUAGAUACGACGGAUAGUGAUGAUGAUCCGGUAGUUAAAGAGAUUCCAGUAUUUUUAUCCAAAACUCUUGAAAAUAAAUUAUUCAUCUUUCAAUAUCCUACACGUCCUGCUGAUCAAGGAUAUGAUGAUGCAACAUUUUUAAAUUCUUCUAUAAAACCAGAAAAUACAGAAGUCAAAUUAGAAAUAGCUUACGAUACAUAUAGUCCUACUUAUGAUAAAAUGAAAGGAAGACAAAUUGCUAUUAAUGCUGAUGGUAAUUCUAAUUUUGAUCAAGAAGACGACAACAAAAUUUUUGACAGCGAUCUAAUGGAUAAGAUGACUUUGCAUUCUACCCGUACAUUACCAGAGGCCACAAAUUAUGCAGCUGCUGUAUACCAAGAUGGUGAACUACAUAUAACUCCAAUUAAAAGUAUUGUUCAAUUAAGACCACAAUUUAAUUAUCUUGAUAAGAGUGAUAAACGUGCUAGAGAAGAAACUAAAGCUAAUGAUGAAGAUACUGAAGAAGAAGAUGAAGGACCUAAACAAGUUAGUGUAACAUUUGACAGACAAAAAACAGAUUUUGUUAAAAAGAUGCAGGAACAAUCUUUUCAAACGUUUACAAAAAUGAGUUCAGCAGAAAAAUGGAUACACACGAAAUAUGUUCCGGUCAAUAGUACACAAGCCGAUCUUACACGUUUGGAAAUGUUUUGUCCAUCGACCGAAGAAAGUAUCAAUUCAUUGGAUCUUACAAAUAAACAAUAUUUACAAUUUUUAGUGCCAUCUAAUAAUUCAGAACAAAGUGUCCAAAAUCGUUCCCUGUCUCUUGAUUAUAUUACAACAUUACCGCUUCCUGAUCAAGUCAAGAUUCAUGUUAGACAUAUAAAAGUGUUGUCGUUCGCAACGUUACGAUUGCUCAUAUUACCAGAACACGAUAAUGCAUCUAUAUUAAAAUAUUUGCAACAGAUAGCUAUGCUAGUGCAAGGAAACUGGAUUGUAAAUAGUGAUCUUAUUUAUAUUAAAGAAAGUGAAUCGUCUAUAAAUGGUAUACCAGCAGAUCUCAUGUGUAAGGCUAGAGAUUAUAUCUUAUUAUUGUUCACCGAACAAGAAUAUAUUGAUCGAAAGACUGUAUCAAACACCAUUAAAAUUCCUUUCCUGGAAAUAAACGAGAUAUUUUCAGACAUAGCUGUACAGAUACCAAAAAAGGGAUGGCGUUUACCAAUAUCACCAAAUACGGAUUUUCAAAAAAAAUAUCCAGAGAUAGUACAAAGGCAAGAAAUGUUGUGGGAGAUGAAACGAAAAAAAAUGCAUGAGUCAUUAUUGUCGCAAAAUCAAGUACCACAACGUCAAAGAAGAAGAUCUAAUAGAGAAUCGAUUGGUUCGGAGAAUGAAGAGAGAAACGUAGGUCGUGGAAAAAAGUUAAAAGAUUCAUCGUUUUCUGAAGACAUUGCGACAGAAACGGUUAAACAUAAGAAAGUGAAUAGAUCUAAAAAAGUAUCUGAAACUACAUGACCAAAAGCAUCGAAUGAUUAGGACAUAAAUAUAAAUGUAUAAUAGCAUUUAUUAUACAUUUAUCUACUACUAUAGUAAAGUAUAUAUUCUAGGUACUGUUAUUACAUCUACAAUAAUGAAUGAAUGAGAUCACAUUUAUACAAUUAUUGUGAUAUGUUUUUGUUUAACACACUGCCGUACCUCCAGUGCCAGUGGGCCUUCUCCGUGGUGUACUGGUUGUCCUUCUUGACAUUAAUUCAAGAAUUAGUGAGUCUGUAAUUAUUAAUAUUGAUUUAGAAUUUUAUUGAGUAUAAUUAAUUCAAAAGUUUUCUAAUCCUAAUAAUCCUAAUAAUCACAAAAAAAAAAAAAAAGAAAAAAGCAAUUAAUGCACUAAAUCAUUCAUCUCACUAGCAAUGUAAAUUCUCAAGACUAACCAGUUGAGCAGCACUUAGUGGGCCUAAGUUUCAUCAUGGACUACUGUCAUGUGUUAAGAAAGAAAACAAAAUAUAGAAAAAAAAAAAAAGAAAAAACUGCAGUGCGGUAAAUACAUUAGGAAAAAUAUUCAAAUCGCAUCAUUGAUACGACAAAUUGAGAAGUUGUUCAUUAGCGAGAUUCGUUAUGUUGAUGAAAAAAAA